CCUCGAGGCCAUUAUGAUACAGCAUCGUGGUGUUUACGUCAAUUCAGAAAAAGGAAUAAUUCGUUUGCAUCUACCUCUUGCUCAAGUAUUUCUUGGAUAAACUCGCAGAAUGUCUCUCAAAGCUGUAAGUCCGACCGUCAUCUCCGGCGACACCCUCGUUUUGCGUGGACGUACAGGACCACAAGGACAGAGUCCUAAGGAGAGAAUCCUACAUCUUGCUGAUGUCGUGGCUCCAAGAAUGGGAAACCUGACUCGAGAGGACGAGCCAUGGGCAUUUGAGUCUCGUGAUUUUCUUCGUGCAUUGGCGGUAGGCAAAGAGAUUUCAUUUACUUCCACACAUAGUUUUCCUUCCAAUGAGGAUGUCACGCGUGACAUUGGCACUGCUGAGAUCGGGGGUGUGGAUGUUGCAUCUGAGAUGCUAAAGAACGGUUGGGCCAAAGUCAAGGAAUCGAAACGGGACCCCACAGAGGACGAUAUACAAAAACGUGACAUCGAAGCUGAAGGGAAGGCGGCUGGAAAAGGUCUAUGGAAUUCUCAUGGUCCCCAGGUGCCACUGGUGGAACAAGUGCGGGACGGCUCUACUCUCCGGGUCCGACUUUUCAUGCCGGAUGGCGAGCAUCAAAUAGUCAACAUUGCGCUCGCUGGUGUUCGUUGUGCCAGGACAUCCCCAAGGCAAGGAGAACCUUCAGAGCCUUGGGCAGAAGAAGCGAAAUUCUUCACGGAGUCCAGGCUGCUCCAGCGAUCUGUACGGGUAAUUAUAUUGUCAUUGCCAACUUCGACAGCAACACCAUUCCAAGCCGGAGCUAAUAGUGCACCACCUCCGCCGGCAUCGAUAUUUAUUGGUACUGUCCUCCAUCCCGCUGGCAAUGUGGCUGAACACCUUGUCGCUGCUGGGCUCGCUCGUGUUGUCGAUUGGCACGCCGGCAUGCUGGCCGCAGGGGGAGGUAUGGAGCGCCUUCGUGCGAGUGAGAAAGUUGCAAAAGAAAAGCGAGCAUGUCUGUAUGCCAAUGUGCCAACCGCGUCUGCAUCGAUUACCCAGUCAAAUGGUACUACUAAUGGAAAUGCUCGCAUCUUUGACGGAACUGUCAUUCGAGUAUGGAGUGGCGAUCAAAUAUCUGUCAUUGAUAAGGAGAGCGGGAAGGAGCGUCGGUUGCAGCUCAGCUCAACAAAAGGACCAAAACUCUCCGACCCUAAGCAGGCUUACUAUGCACAAGAAGCUCGUGAAUUCCUUCGGAAGAGACUUAUUGGCAAGCACGUCAAAGUUACGGUUGACUUCAUUCGUCCUCGUGACGGCGAAUAUGAAGAGCGCGAAUGCGCAACAGUCCGUUACGGAAACCAAAUCUCCAACGUGGCAGAGCAGUUAGUAGAAAAAGGCCUUGCCUCCGUUGUCCGCCAUCGACGUGAUGAUGAGGACCGUUCCUCUGACUAUGACAAAUUGAUGGCUGCAGAACAAGUCGCUGUUGCUGAGACCCGUGGUAUCCACUCUGGCAAAGAACAGCCAGCUGUAAAGCCCCCCGUUAAUAUUUCAGAGUCUGGCGCACGUGCCACCACUUUCGUUAAUGGCUUCAAGAGGCAAGGGAAGAUAUCCGCUGUCGUCGAUUAUGUUGCCUCUGGGUCUCGGUUUAAGCUCUUCCUCCCAAGAGAUAACCAGUCGCUCACCUUGGUCCUGAAUGGCAUUCGAGCACCCCGAACAGCACGUAAUCCUUCCGAGAGGAGUGAGCCAUUUGGUCAGGAGGCUGCAGACUUCGCAACUCGCCGAUACAUGCAACGCGAUGUAGAAUUUGAAGUGGACACCGUCGACAAAUCUGGCGGUUUCAUCGGAACGUUGUGGCUGAAGAGUGAAAACGUCGCAAUUUCUCUAGUUAAGGAGGGCCUUGCGUCCGUACACUCCUUCUCUGCCGACGGCUUGUCCUGGUCCACACAGUUGUACGCAGCCGAAGCAGAAGCCAAGCAAGCACAAAAAAACUUGUGGGAGAGCUAUGAUGAGGAGGCAGAGAAGGCUGCUCAGGCUCCGCCUGUCGAAGACGAUCCUGGACGUUUAAAGUCGGAAUAUCUGGAUGUUAUUAUCAGUGAUGUCCGGGCAGAAAACGGCUUCAGUUUCUCAGUGCAAAUAUUAAACACUGAGGGGAUCGCGACCUUAGAAAAGCUGAUGCGCGAUUUUUCUCUACAUCAUCGUGUCGCACAUCCAGCACCAUCAAAUUUUACGCCGAAGGCAGGAGAUUUAGUGUCUGCUAAGUUUUCGGACUGGAAGGAGGUUGAAGUAACAUUUAUUGAUUAUGGAAACCAAGACACUGUCUCGUUUUCAAAUAUCCGUCCUCUCGAUCCCAAAUUCCGCUCCCUGCCUGGUCAAGCGCAAGAUGCCCGCCUAAGCUUUGUCAGGCUCGUAGCGUCCGAAAGCGAGUAUCACGCAGAUGCUGUUCAGCGCUUCCGUCAAUUGUGCGAGGGUCGCAAACUUGUCGCUAACAUCGACUACAAGGAAGGCGCUACGCUUCAUCUGCGUCUCAUUGAUCCCAAUGACCCCGUCGCUACGCAAGAUCCUUUAGCUUGCAUUAACGCUGACCUACUCCGUGAGGGUCUGGCAUCAAUUGACCGCAAGGGAUGCAAAUAUAUUGGCGCAUACCCACACAUCAUGAGUAAACUGCAAACUGCAGUUGCUGAAGCGAAGCGCGAUCGUGCUGGGAUGUUUGAGUUCGGUGAUGUUGAGGAGGACGAGUAAUCACUGUGGUGACCACGAUUUAUGUAAUUUCGGGGAAGACUUAGUCAGCUAGUAAUAAUGCACGACUAUCAUCUCAUUUUCA